CUGCCUGCCUGUUAGAGAACAGCCCACAGUGGGAAGUCCUUUUGCUCUGCCUGCGAGUUGCGCAUGCGUGUUCGGACGCCGCUGGCUGUGAGUAGAAUCUAUGGCCGUCGCGAUGCAGACCGACGAUUUUCCUUACUUACCUUCGGGACCAGCAGAGAUAAAUAAGAUGAUAAAGGAGCAUGGCGACCUGUUUUCUGACUCCCAGUGUAAAGUCUGCAGUGCUGUCCUAAUUUCUGAAUCUCAGAAGUUGACUCAUUAUCAGAGCAAGAAGCAUGCCAACAAAGUGCGGCGCUAUCUUUCCAUCCAAAAUGAAAAAGAGCCAGCACUCAAAAAGCUGAAGCCCUUAACGUCUGACAGCGACUGUAACAAUGGAGACACAGACCGGUUUAAGGUGUGUCAUGUAUGUAACAUGACCUUCUCUGCUCCAGUAGUGGCUGAGUCUCACUAUCAGGGCAAAGUUCACGCCAAGAACCUGAGGUUGAAAGCAGUUGGACCUCAAGCUCUAGUAAACUCUCAAAUAGCGCCAACACCUCAACUAAAGAAGAAACCUGCUGAUGAUUCAAGCGGCACUCCAGUGACAGGAAACAACAACAAUCCAGACCGUUUCUGCUCCAUAUGUCAGGCCUCCUUCAAUAACCCGCUCAUGGCCCAGCAGCACUAUGUAGGCAAGAAGCAUAGAAAACAGAUGACAAAGCUUAAACUGAUGGAGACGUACGGGCCAUCCACAGCACCAGCUUCCACACUAAAUGGCUAUCCAUGCACCAUCUGCAACAUUGAACUGAACUCUGUGGAGCAGUACCAGUCACAUAUCAGCGGAGCCAAGCAUAAGAAUCAAGUGAAGAAAUCAAGCCUGAAGAUCACAGAGAACAAACACCCGGCAGAUCAAUCGUACAGCAGCGACAACCAGUAUGCUGCCCCCGAUGGCCAGUACCCGCCCGGGGAGGAGCAGUUUGGCAGAGGCGACAACUACGUAGGCGGAAAUAACCAGUAUGCUCCAGAGGACACGGCGUACACAGAGGAGUACCAGUACACUUGAGGCUGGACUGGGAUGGACUAAAGAGGUUUCAGUCAGGACUUGGAAUGACACACAACAACCAGCCCCUUUAACGUAUUAACAAAACAUCAACCUCUAUGAACCUUCAGCCCCUGUCAGUCUCUUCUGAGUAGGUGUUUCCCUGGAACACAGUAAUGUAGCUUUGGAUCCUGGAACAACAUUUUGAGUUUCUGACCGAAACGGUUUAAAGAAUGUGAGUUUUUUUUCUGUUUUAGUUUUUUUGUUUUUAUUUAUUUCUCUUUUAAUGGAAAAAAAGAAGCUUUUCACUCAUGGAAAGUUAUUUAACCCUUCAGUGUGUGAUAAAGGAAGUGUAGUCCAACAUCCGGGCGUAGUGUACAAACACCAGACACUAACAGGGGAAAGUCUGCAUUGAAAUUUUUGUCAGCCCAUGUUUAUCCCUAAACUAACCAGUAUUAACACCUCAUACCUGAGCCACAUGCAAGCAGUGAACUCUACAAAGCAAAGCAGCUUCAUACUUCUCAUCUCACCUCUUCGGUUUGGGUUGUAGCUCCUGUAAAUGCAUUUAUUGAGACACGCCCCUUUCCCAUGUCUCAAGACACAGUAACUGAGUCAAACUGAGGCUUUAUGUCUGGAUUUAACAGACUAAAGCUGAUGUUUUUAAUGUCCUGGACAAAGCUGAUAUUAUCGUUCAAGUGGCCCACAGUUUUUCUUUUUUACUCCCCUUGUCUUGGUAGCUGCAGUUUUUACUGUAAAAACACAAGAGUAGGUGAGCCUCAAUUAGAUCAUUUCAGUACUUCAAAAGGUAUCCAAAUGUGUCAACAACAACCAUAGUAUUCAAAGAGUUUGAUUAUUAUUAUUGUUUUAUAAAACAUUAUCUUUCUAGACUUUAAGCAUACAAAUGUUAUCAUGCAAAGUUUUAACAUCAUCACUGACUUUUGGAACAAAGUAUAAUUUUCUUUUUUUGUACUGUUGAGUUAAAGUCUCCUUUUCUUUAAGGGUGUUUCUUUAAGGGUUUAUUAAUUAUCCCACGUGUCCAAACUCUGUAGAGACUGAUAGAUGCUUUCUGAGCUCUGUAACUACUGUCAGUAGCAGAGAUCACAGUAUUUACCACGGAGAAGAAAAGAGUGAUGUCAAAUUAGGAAGUGAUGUCAACAUAAGAAUAACAAUAAUGUUUUAUUAGUCUGCUUUUCCUCAUAAAGAAUUGGUUCAAUAUUUUAAUAAUGAAUGUCUUCAAGUUUUUGGCUAAAGGGAAAAAAAGAUUUUGUUUGGAUGUAAUUUAUACCAAGAGGGCUUGUGCAUACUGUACAGUACAUCCUGUAUUUAAAAAGAAAAAAAGAAAACAACAACAAAAGUGAGCUUUUUGUUUUUACCCUCAUCGUUUGAGUGUUCGGUGUUUUUGUGAUUAAGAUUUGCUUUCGAUAUAAGUUAUGUAUCGCUGAGGGUACAAAAAAUGCUGCAAAGGUGUGUAUAAAGUAGAGACAUGUUUUAAAAGAG